AGGCUUUUUAGUUUCCUUGGCUUACUGUAGUAGACGACAUCCCGUUCGGUUGGGCUUUAUAUACUUGUUGUUUCGCUCGUCUUGGUCCUCUCCUUUUUUUUUUCUUUUCCCUCAUAUUCCUGCGAACCUAGAAUCCAAUUAGAUACCCUCUUUUCCUCCUUGUCCUUGUCCUUUCUUAUUUGAAAUAAAUAGAAACACCAGAAAGCACCGCCAAAAUGCCUGAAAUCAAAACCAUCCUCUUCGACUGCGACAACACCCUCGUCCUCUCCGAGGAGCUCGCCUUCGAGGCCUGCGCAGACCUCAUCAACCAGAUCUGCGCCGAGCGCAACGUCCCCGUCAAAUUCACCGGCGAGACGCUCAUCACCGAGUUUGUCGGCCAAAACUUCCGCGGCAUGCUCACCACGCUGCAGAAGACGCACGGCAUCGAGAUUGCGCCCGCCGACCUGGAAAAGUACGUGCUGAUGGAGGAGGACGCCGUGAUUGCCAAGCUCAAGGCCGCGCUGAGGCCGUGCGACGGCGUCGACGAGCAGCUGCAGGCGCUGCAGGCCAAGAACCAGUACCAGCUCGCCGUGGUGUCGUCGUCGGCGCUGCGGCGGGUGCGCGCGUCGAUUGAAAAGGUCGGCCAGGACAAGUAUUUCCCGGGGGACGUGGUCUUCUCGGCGGCGACGUCGCUGGAGAAGCCGACGAGCAAGCCGGACCCGGCUAUUUACCUGCAUGCGCUGGAGAAGUUGGGCAAGACGGCGGGGGAGAGCGUCGCGGUGGAGGAUAGCAAGAGCGGCACGCUGAGCGCGACGAGGGCGGGCAUCAAGACGAUUGGGUAUGUUGGGCCGUAUGCGGAUGAGAAGAAGGAGGAGAUGGAGGGUGUGUUGAGGAAUGCGGGCGCGGUGGUGAUUAUGCGGGACUGGAGCGAGUUUCCGGAGGCGUUGGCGAAGAUUGAGAAGGGUGAGGUUUAGAGGAGUUUCUUCUUGAUGUCUAUGACUUUUUGUGCGUGUGUUUUUUU